AUGGCUUGGCUGUCGCAGAUGUUGGGCGGCCGCCCCCGGCAGCCCAGGUACGAGGCAGUUCCCGACGAGGAAACUGGUGAUUCCUCGCCCUCGAGACCGUAUCGUCGCCGCUCCCGUACGCGCCUCCUGCUUCCCCGACAGCGCAAGGCCGCCGCGCUCCUCCUCUUCAUCGACGUUCUCAUUGUCGUCGCCCUCGUCGUCAUCCUCGAACCCCUCAUCACCCUCCUCCGCCGCAACGAAGACCUAUUUACCCCGAGGCUCACCCUUCCCAGCACCGCCGCCCCAGAGACGCCUGGCGGCAAGCACAAGAUCCCGCGCAUUCUUCACCAGACGACCGCCAACGAUACCAUACCCGCCAAGUGGGUAGAGUCGCAACGCAGCUGCAAGGAGGUAUACAAGGACUACAAGUACAUGCUCUGGACCGACAAGGGUGCCGAAGAAUUCCUCGCCAAGGAAUACCCGUGGUUCGUUGAUUCCUGGAAUAAGUACGCCUUUCCCAUUCAGCGCGCCGACGCCAUUCGAUACUUUGUCCUCCACCACUUCGGCGGCAUCUAUCUCGAUAUGGACACGCAGUGCAAUCAAACCUUUCCUAUGCAAGAGGUCGAAAACGACUCGGACGACGAUGUCGCCGUCUUCAAAUCCACCAUGCCCACUGGCGUCACGAAUGACCUCAUGAUCGCCUCGGCCCGCCACCCAGCCUUUACCAUGGCUAUCGCCCAGCUCCCAUACUACUACGCGGUGACGCGCCCCUGGGCCGAGUACGGCCCCUACAUCAACAUCAUGCUCUCCUCGGGCCCUCUCUUCCUAUCACUCGUCGUCAAAGACUAUUUGCUGCAAAAGACCACCCUUCCUUCGCCCUCUGUCAAGGUCAUCUCGCCCCCGAACCUCGACGGCUACAUUACCGAUCUCGAGAGCAGCACCUGGCACCGCGCCGACGCGCAGACCCUCAUGUGGCUCGGCACCCGCCCCUGGACCUGGUUCACCAUGGGCGCCAUUGGCACCUUUUUUGGCCUUUGCAUCGUCAACUACUUGCUCCUAGCCCUGUACGGCUUCCUGGCCCGCCGUAUUUUGAACAUCUCGGCCAAGCUAAAGGAAGCCAAGGUAGCCUAG